CGCUUGUAUUUAGGAGGUCGCGGCGGCAGCCGCGCCUGCGCGUCUACUGCCAGAGUCAGCAGGCGGGUCCCUUGGGCAGUCCACCUGAGUGUCGCGGAGCCGAUUCCGGGGGGUCCAUGGCGAUGAACUACAACGCGAAGGAUGAAGUGGAUGGUGGGCCCCCGUGUGCUCCUGGGGGCACCGCUAAGAACAGGAGACCGGAUAAUACGGCCUUCAAACAGCAACGGCUGCCGGCUUGGCAGCCCAUACUUACGGCGGGCACGGUACUACCUACCUUCUUCAUCAUCGGCCUCAUCUUCAUCCCCAUUGGCAUCGGCAUCUUCGUCACUUCCAACAAUAUCCGCGAGAUCGAGAUUGAUUAUACCGGAAUAGACCCUUCCAGUCCAUGCAAUAAAUGUUUGUCUCCAAAUGUGACACCUUGUGUUUGUACCAUUAACUUCACUUUGGAGCAGUCAUUUGAGGGCAAUGUGUUUAUGUAUUAUGGACUAUCUAAUUUUUAUCAAAACCAUCGUCGUUAUGUAAAAUCUCGAGAUGAUAGUCAACUAAAUGGAGAUUCUGGUGCUUUACGUAAUCCCAGUAAGGAAUGUGAGCCUUAUCGAAGAAAUGAAGACAAACCAAUUGCUCCUUGUGGAGCUAUUGCCAACAGCAUGUUUAAUGAUACAUUAGAAUUGUUUUUGGUUAGCAAUGGAUCUUACUGGACGUCCAUUCCUUUGAAAAACAAAGGUAUUGCUUGGUGGACAGAUAAACAUGUGAAAUUCAGAAAUCCCCCUGGAGAAGGCUCCCUAGAACAACGAUUCGAUGGUACAACAAAGCCGGUAAACUGGGUUAAACCAGUGUACAUGCUGGAUUUUGACAAAGAUAAUAAUGGGUUCAUAAAUGAGGAUUUUAUUGUUUGGAUGCGUACUGCAGCGUUGCCCACUUUUCGUAAGUUAUAUCGUCUUAUAGAGCGGACGAAUGAUUUACAUCCAACAUUACCAGCUGGACAAUACUGUUUGAAUGUCACGUACAAUUACCCUGUACACUCUUUUGAUGGACGAAAACGGAUGAUCUUAAGUACUAUAUCAUGGAUGGGAGGAAAAAAUCCGUUUUUGGGGAUUUCAUACAUCGCUGUUGGAUCCAUCUCGUUUCUUCUGGGAGUUGUGCUGCUAGUAAUUAAUCAUAAAUAUAGAAACAGUAGUAAUACUGCUGACAUUACCAUUUAAUUUUAUAUUCUGAAAACAAAUAUACCGCAUGUGCAUCAAGGCCAGUUUUAUUCAACCUAGCUUUUGAAUGCUGAUGUCUGGUUAGUAUGUCAUUUUUGAAGUUCUCACAUAACUUCUUAUUUAAAAAGAACAGCCUUUGUCCUUUGCUUCUUCCUUAUGGAUGACCUAUGAAAACAUAUGACGGGUAUAAAACAGAUUAGCUAUAUUGAUUGAUCAUGUCAGCCCUGUAAUUGCUGAAAUGACAUUCUAAUGUUUGAUUUUUGUUGGGACAGGCCAUAUGAUGCAUAGAGCCUCUAUCAUGUGAAAUGUGUCUACUGCUUAAAUGUUUAUGCCCUGUUAAUAUUAUAUUGACAUAUAUGCUGUAUAUGUAUAUAUGUGUGCCUAUUGUGUGAAGAUGUAUGCGUAUAAUGACUUGCUCACAUUGCAGGAUUCAGAGUUACAAAAAAAUGAAGAAAGACCAAAUCUAAAUAAAACACUUCAUCAUUUUCAUGUGUCGUGUGUAAAAGCUUAAAGUACCAUCUUUGGUAAGGUGGUUCAUGUAUUUAAUUUAUCCAGUAUAGUUCUCUAUCAAACUUAGUUUUGAUUUCACCUUUGAACUCUUACUUACUUUGUCUAGCAUAGGAAUUAAAGCUCAUGUCUGAAUAGGUCUCAGGUAGGAGAAUUUAAAAUUCCUCUUUCCAUUGGGUUAAGAUGUUACAGUCAGGAACCCCAUCUUACUUUGAUAUGUUUUUACAUGUCAUCAUGGAAAUACCUCAAGCUGUUUUUAUUUUGCAGGUAAGUGUUUUGACUUGAGUACUAAUAUUACAUUGCAGAAAUUUUUAAAAAAUGGUAACCUUCAUUUCCUCUAUAUUUCAUUCAAUUUUUGCAUGUAGGUCAAAUCUGGAUGUGUAUGCACAUUCUUUUUAGUUAAUGCACCAAUUGUUUUGGUUGAUUUACCUAACACAUAUUUUAAAAAGAGGUUCUUUAAAUUUCCUAAUUAAAUUCUGGAGAUAUUUGAUUAUGUACAUGAUAAAUUAUAAUAUAUAUGGUUAAAACUUUUGUUUUCUAUUAACUGGAAUUAUUUUAAUAUUCCUUAUUGAAUAAAUGCUAUAAUUUGUUUUCUGUGGAACUUAUUCCUGAAUGUAAAUUUAUUUUUCCACAUGCAUGAGAUGUGUAUCUUAAGUAGAGAGCUUAAUUGCAUUGAAAUUGCUUUUUUUUUUUAAACUCAUGUUUGUGUAGAAUGCCUGCUUAUUUAGAGUUUCUAAUGGUUUCCUUCUAUUAUAUUUUAAAUCUAAUGGUCUGGGUAACAUAUCAAUUUUGAUGAAUAUGUUUUUUUAAAAAAGACAAAAAAUAAUAUAAUGUUUAAUAGUAGAAAUGUGCCACACUUCUUAAGUUUUGUAUAGUGUGACUUUUAACUGGUAGACUAUUACUGGCGUGAGGUAUUUAAUGUAUGAUUACCCUGAAAUUUCUGAGUGCAUGUGGUAUUCUUUGUCCAAGAAUAUUCUUUGUUUUUGUCAGUCCUUCAGAAUAUUAUUUAUUCUGAUAAUUGAUCCUCUUACACAAGGCAGUCUAUCUUCUGGGAUACACCACUGGGGGAGAGGGGUUUCUGGGAGUCUUUCCAGAUUGUGCUGUUUAAGGAGGACUACCGUCCUGCAUCCCUUUUUUCUAAUUGGGGGACCAAAGGUGCUGCUGAAGAAAAGUUAAAGACCCCUUCUAACACUUUCCAUCUGUGGUGAAGAUGGAAUCUUAAAAUAUAUUUGGAGUUUUAUCUAUUGUAUAAGCACAUUGAUAGCUUCAGUUUCUCCCUGUCUCCUGCCAUUUGAACUCGAAGGGAUUCCUGUUGGUAACUAUGAAGAAUGUGGAACAUUCAUAUGGCCUCUGUGAAGCAUGAGGGGAGAGGAACCAUUUCUUUCUUAUGGGCUUUAUGCUCAUCUUUAGGAAACAUUAAUGUAAUAUUGUCAUAUUCAACUUUCAAAGAAUUAUUGCAUUGUAAGACAAAUGGGUUAAAUAGAAAGCAUUGAAGAAUGCAUUAAUUUGCAGGAAGUAUUUUGAUAUAUGAAGUUUCUCAAUUGAAGGAAUUAUUUAAUAAAGGCUAAGAAAUUUCUUUUAAAUAAUAAGGCAGUUUAAAAAUAAAUUGGUAAAAAUAGCUGUAUUAUCAAAUAGAGAAUUAUUCAACCAAGAGGAGAGUCAAGUGAAUAUUAUUUGUUUAUUGGUCAGUAACAUUAUUUGUAACCUUGAUUAUAUUAAAAGAUAACUUUCUUUUAAUAUGUUCUAUAUUAAUAAAAUGAACAAAAUUAA